UUAGUGCACAAUCCCUGCGCCCUGCGCUGAAAUUCGUGGACAUAGCUAAAUUUCGUAAAUGUGAAUGUAUUAAAACAGAAUAAAGAAGGGGUCUGCCCGUCCUACCCGAACUGCCCGUACUGUGCUACCAAGUACACCCUUCGCUUUGCCGUCUGGCGUGGUCUCAAAACACCAUUUCGUUCGUCUCUCUCUCUCCACACAUACACAGAUCGCGAAAUACUCGCUUGAAAGGCGGCUUGAAAUCUCUCGAUUUCGCUCUUCGAAUUAAUUUAUCUGUCUUCCUGGAUCUGAACUAGGGAUCAGGGGGCGUUAAUUCGAUCGGCAAAUCCAUCUGUGCCGUGUGCAAGUUGGAGCCCUAAUCUCGUAGUUCCUUGUUUCGAGGCAUCGACCAAGCCGAAGUUAGGGUUUCUGUUUUCGGUGAGGGCUCGGAGGUGGUAAUAGGUGUUUUGAGGACGGAUCUAGGGUUUCCUGCAUCGCGAAUUACCGGAGGACUCUAGGGCUUUGUUGUCGAUCGGGUGGUGGAAUUACGACGGGAUUGAUGUUUCUCGUUCGGGACGAAGGUGGGAUCCAAACCAAAAUCGGCGAGGAUGCAAGGCUAUGCAUGGGCGGGAAGGUGAGGAGAGGAAACGGAGACGGCACAUGUGGCCGGUCCCCGCGCUCGGUACGACGACUGUAGCUUCUGAUUCUAUAACAUCUACCGUUGAUUCCUUCUGCAAGGAUGGACGCAGGAUUAGUGUUGGUGACUGUGCUCUUUUCAAGCCCCCGAAAGAGUCCCCACCUUUUAUUGGAAUAAUUCGUUCACUAACAACAGGAAAGGAGGAUAAUCUAAAAUUAGGAGUUAACUGGCUUUACCGACCUGCUGAAGUAAAGCUAGCUAAAGGCAUUUUGCUGGAAGCAGCACCAAACGAAGUCUUUUAUUCUUUUCACAAGGAUGAGAUACCUGCUGCAUCGUUACUCCAUCCGUGUAAAGUUGCAUUCCUUCGUAAAGGUGUUGAACUUCCUUCAGGGUUAUCCUCAUUUGUGUGUAGGCGAGUGUAUGACAUUGCAAACAAGUGUUUAUGGUGGCUAACUGAUCAAGAUUAUGUCAAUGAACGACAGGAAGAAGUGGAUCAGCUACUAGACAAAACACGACAAGAAAUGCAAGCGGCAGUGCAGUCAGGAGGGCGUUCUCCAAAACCAUUGAAUGGUCCAUCAUCAACAUCGCAGUUAAAGCCUGGUUCAGAUAGUGUACAGAACAGUGCAUCCUCAUUUCCUUCUCAAGUGAAGGGUAGGAAGAGGGGGGAACGGGGUGAUCCGGGCUCUGAGCCUAUUAAACGAGAACGUUCCUUAAGGGCAGAUGAUGGGGAUUCUGGCCAUUUUAGGUCAGAAAACAUGCUUAAAUCUGAGAUUGCCAAAAUAACGGAGAAAGGAGGACUUGUAGAUUUUGAAGGGGUUGAGAAAUUCAUUCAACUUAUGCAACCUGACAGAGGUGAAAAAAAGAUGGACUUGGCUGGUAGAAUAAUGCUUGCUGAUGUGAUUGCGGCCACAGACAGGUUUGAUUGCCUUGGGCGCUUUGUGCAUCUCAGGGGCCUUCCUGUGUUGGAUGAAUGGCUACAAGAGGUGCAUAAAGGAAAGAUUGGUGACAGUACUAGCCCCAAGGAAAGUGAUAAGACUGUUGAAGAAUUUCUCCUGGCUUUGCUUCGUGCACUUGAUAAGUUGCCUGUUAAUCUACAUGCUCUACAGGCAUGUCAGAUUGGCAAAUCUGUGAAUAAUUUGCGCAGUCAUAAAAAUUUGGAAAUUCAAAAGAAGGCUAGGAGCUUAGUUGAUACAUGGAAGAAACGAGUUGAAGCAGAAAUGAAUAUAAAUGAUGCAAAAUCUGGGUCUAGCCAAGCUGUUUCAUGGCCUAGCAAGCCCGGUUUUUCUGAAGUUUCUCAUGGAGGAAAUAGGCGCACAGGAGGAUCUGCUGAAGUUGCUAUGAAGAGUUCCAUUGUACAGCCUUCUGCAUCUAAAACAGUACCAGUUAAGCUUGGCCAUGGGGAUUCUGUUAAAUCAGCAUCAGCGUCCCCUGGAUCAGUCAAAAUGUCAACGCCAUUGUCAGCAUCAAUGUCUGUUAGCUCAAAGGAUGUACACUGUAAAAUGGGAGUUGGUGGUGGCACAUCAGAUCUGCCUCCAACAACAGCUAGGGAAGAGAAGAGCAGCAGUUCAAGCCAAUCUCAGAACAAUAGCCAAUCUUGUUCAAGUGACCAUGCAAAAACUUUGGGAUCUUCUUCAAAGGAGGAUGCUAGGAGUUCAACUGCUGGAUCCAUGAGUGUGAAUAAGACCUCUGGUAGUGCUUCUCGACAUCGGAAAUCAAGCAAUGGUUUCACAGGUGCAUCUGUCUCUGGAGUUCAGAAGGAAACUACAUUGGGCAAAUGCAGUUCCUUGAACAGGAAUGCCAACUCAGAAAAAGUAUCACAACCUGCAAUAACAUCUGAAAGAGCACAUGAUAUGCCUAGUGUUGUUGAUCAUGGCAAUAGUCAUAGACUGAUUGUUCGAUUUCCAAACCCUGGCCGCAGUCCUGCACGCAGUGCUAGUGGAGGUUCUUUCGAUGAUCCCUCUGUCAUGGUCAGCAGAGCUUCCUCUCCAGGACUUUCUGAGAAGCAUGAUAACUAUGACCGGAAAGUGAAGGGGAAGAAUGAUGCUUUACGUGCUAAUAAUGUGACAGAUGUAAAUACAGAGUCAUGGCAGAGCAAUGAUAUGAAAGAUGGAUUGGUUGCAUCUGAUGAGGGUGAUGGAUCACCUGCUGCUGUUCCUGAUGAAGAGUGUUGCAGAAACAGUGAUGAGACUGGGAAAACAAUGGAAGCAUCUAAAGUGACCUGCUCAUCAUCAGGAAAUGACCAGAAAUCAGGGAAAUUGUUUGAUGGAUCUUUCAGCUCUAUAAAUGCUUUGAUUGAAAGCUGUGCCAAGUACUCUGAAGCAAGUGCAACUAUGUCAGCAGGUGAUGACGUUGGAAUGAAUUUGCUUGCCAGUGUGGCAGCUGGAGAAAUGUCAAAAUCUGAUCUAGGUUCUCCAAUUGGUUCUCCUGGGAGUAGUUCACCUGUGGCAGAUGACUAUGUGGGUAACAGUGGGAAGAUGAGAGUGUCACGAGAAGAUGUUGGGGCUCUAAAUCAAGGUCAUCCUGAUGAUAGCACAGAUGGUGACACUGAGAAGCAUGGAGGCCGCAAAAUGACAUCAGCUUUGCUUGAAGAGAAGCCAACAGUGGAGCGCAAUGAGCAGUUUCAUUCUUCCAGUGUGGCUUUGCAACAAAUUGCAGACUCGUGCUUGAAGUCGGAUGGGGGACUUGAUGAGACAAUGGCUGCUGCUUCUUUGGAUCUGUCAACUGCAGAAGCAAUGGAGGAUACUAAGGAGUGUGAAGGAGCCAAUCAACUUAAUGAUAAAAAGGUGGGUUUGGUUGGUACUGAUGCUGGACCAGAUAUGAAAUCAAAGGCAAAGAAUCCCUUGGAUGAAAAAAAGAGUGAUAAUCAUGCAGAUGAGGAGAUUGCCGAUAGUAGUAGUAUGCCAACAGCAUCAGACUUGGUUAGAAAUUCUGUAGGUGUUCUAUGUGGUCCUGACAACACUGUUUCAGUUGUGAAAGCCAAGAAAGAAACUGUUGAUGAAUCAUCAGAGUGUCCAGCUUCUGAAAUGGAUGGUGAAAACAAGAAUCUUGUGCAUGAAGUGUUGAAUGCUGGCAUUUCAACAGAGCAGAAGCUACUUCCUGUUGAUGCAAAUUGCAUGGAGGCUACAGGUGAGAGAAGCAAUGAUGCUGUCCUUCCUUGUUCUGGUAAAGUUUUGGGUCCAGAAAAUAUUGAUGAAGUUAAGGCUGAAAGUAGCAUGGAGGUGAAGAGUCUUGUUGAGAAGAACGAGAAUCAGAGAAAGGAAGAUGCAAGUAAUGUCCCUCCGCCACCUCUUGAUGAUCAAAUUACAGGUGUAAGUUCUGUUGGUUUAGAUCAGAAAAAUGAAAAGGCCGAGGAGCAUUCACAGGAUAAGAAUGUCCUCAAUGGGUCAUUAGCUCCUCAUGGAGAGCCACCUACAAUUCCUGUGCAAGAAACUGGUCAGGGUGUUAAAUCCACUGGUGAUGAAGCAGAUGAUAUGGAGGAACGCACAUCUGCUGCAGAAGCCUCUUCCUUGUCUGUUGCAGGAGGCUCUGAUUUGGCUAUGAAGCUGGACUUUGAUUUGAAUGAAGGCUUCCCUGUGGAUGAAGGGCACCAAGGGGAGCCAGUUGCUUCUGCUGUUCAUCUGCCUAGCCCUCUACCUUUCCAGGUUUCAUCCAUGUCUACCGGUCUUCCAGCUUCCAUUACAGUGGCUUCUGCUUUGAAAGGGCCUUUUGUUCCUCCAGAGAACUUGAUGAGGAGUAAAGGAGAACUUGGUUGGAAAGGAUCAGCUGCUACCAGUGCAUUCCGUCCAGCUGAACCUAGAAAGGUUCUUGAGAUGCCACUUGGUACAGCUGAUAUCUCUCCAGAUGCCACUGCUAGCAAACAAAGUCGUCCUCCCUUGGAUAUUGACUUGAAUGUGGCAGAUGAGAGAGUUCUUGAGGACAUUGCCCCUCAGAGCUCUGCACAUGAAACAGGUUCGGAAUCUGGGAUGGUUAACAGUCGUGAUUUGGGACGUGGUGAGAUGUUCAGUUCUACCCCUUCUCGUAAUGCUGGACUUGAUCUUGAUUUAAACCGAGUUGAUGAGGGUAUUGAUAUUGGGCAAUUUUCAGCAAGCACUAGUCGUCGAGUAGAAGUCCCUCUUUUGUCUGUUAGAUCAUCAUCAUCUAGUGGGCAUUCUAACAGUGAGGUUAAUGUAUUGAGGGACUUUGAUUUGAAUAAUGGACCAGGCCUUGAUGAAAUGGGUACUGAACUGGCACCACGAAAUCAGCAUGCCAAGAGCAGUGUGCCCUUUCUUCCACCAGUUGCUGGGCUUAGAAUGAAUAACACCGAACUAGGAAACCUCUCAUCAUGGUUCCCUCCUGUGAACUCCUAUUCAGCUGUUACCAUUCCAUCAAUCUUGCCUGAUAGAGGAGAGCAGCCUUACCCAAUUGUUGCGACUAGUGGGGCACAAAGGAUAUUGGGACCCCCUACUGGUGGCACCACUUAUGGUCCUGAUGUAUAUAGAGGGCCAGUUUUAUCAUCCUCUCCUGCAGUGGCCUUUCCGUCUGCUGCUUCAUAUCCAUAUCCUGGGUUCCCUUUUGGUACCAGUUUUCCUCUACCUUCAACCUCUUUUUCAUGUGGUUCAACAGCAUAUGUUGAUUCUUCUCCUAGUGGAGGUAUUUGUUUCCCUUCACAGUUUCCUGCUGGGGCAGUGUCAUCUCAUUAUCCCAGGCCCUAUGUGAUAAGCCUCCCAGACAGUUCAACCAAUGGCGCUGAGAGCAGUAGAAAGUGGGGAAGGCAGGGCCUAGAUCUCAAUGCAGGUCCAGGACCUACAGAUUUGGAAGGAAGAGAUGAGAGAUUGCCUUCAGCACCAAGGCAACUCUCAGUUGCCAAUUCUCAGGCCCUAUUAGAGGAACAAACAAGGAUGUAUCAGGCAGCAGGUGGGGUGUUGAAGAGGAAGGAGCCUGAAGGAGGGUGGGAUGUGGAGAGGUUUAACUACAAACAAUCCUCAUGGCAGUAGGAGACUUUGGGAGAACAAUUAUGCAAACCCUAAGGCCUGCUUUACCAGGAUGAGCAUCAGCUAACAUAGGAGGAUCUCUGUCUAAUUGGUGGGGUCUUGGAGGAAGGAUGGGUGGUAAGUGAGUUCCUUCUACAUGUUCAUAGUCUCCGACCACCACCUCUUCCGUUGUACCAACUGUAACUUAAGAGAGAAUUGGUCGGGGUCUGGAAGCUGCUUGUUCCUCUAACAUGUUCUGGGCAGGUUUCAUUUGCAGAUAAGUUUCCCUUUGUAGAUAUUUAACUGUUGAAAAGCAUUUGAGCUAUGUUGCCCAGACACUUUUUCGAAAUUGGUUCUCCACACUGGUGUCAAUGCCUUGACUGUUCCCCCGUGGGGUCACACCCUGCUCCCUCUAUUGGUGCGGACCUUUUGUGAACGGGGUUCGAUGUAUAAACUUGCCUGAUGAGAAGCCCCUUUUUAUAUUCUCUUUGCUGUUAAUUUAUAUCUUCUUUUUUUUUUUCUUGCGUAUAUAGUUAUAAUCUAGCCUUUGACCCAACCAAAUUUUGGUAAUUGAAAGUUUUUGGUCCCGUGAUAUUGCAUGUCA